AUGAGACGUCGAGCAUUUUACAAACUCCUACUCGCUAAAAUGUGGCCACCGUGCUUUCUGGCUUCCGACUUCGACUGUGGAAACACAUUAAAAUUCAUGGCGGUCAAAGUGGAACCCUGCACGACCAAUCCGUGCCAGCUCAAGAAAGGCUCGCGGGUCAAGUUUUCGUUCGUGUUCUCUGCUGACCAGGACACGGAUACGGCUACGCUGGACAGUCGAGCCUCGAUUCUCGGGAUCAAUAUUCCGAUUCCGGGAGUGGAGACAAACCUCUGUGAAAAAAUCAUCAAAUGUCCCGGGCAGAUAGUUACGGGGUCUUUCACGCUGCGCGUGCUCAACUUGCCCUUCAGCAGCUCGAUUGUUCGAGUCAGAAUCUAUGCCGAUCGGGGUCUGACGUCCUGCUUCUCAUUCCCUGUGGAUCUCGUGCGAUAA